AAAGCAUCCGCCGGGCCCUGGGCCGGCCCCGCAUCCACCUGCUGCUGCGUGCCCGCCUGGAGACCAAGCCCCGGCGGCUGGAGGAGAGGAUCCUGGCCCUCACUGCCUGGCGCCUGCACCUCUUUGGCCCCACGGCACCGGCCAAGGCCGAGGGCUCCCUGAGCGUGCUGGAGAUCCGUUGCAUCAGCGCCACCAGCCCCACCCAGGUGCGCCUGGACACGGAGCGGGGUCCCCUGGCCCUGGCCCUUGCCACCCCUGCUGCUGCCGCCUGCCUGGCCCGGGAGCUGGGAGCUGCCCUGGGGCGGGCCCUGCCCUGUGCCCCCCCUGUAUGGACCCUGCCCCCGGCCCCGCCCCUCGACACCUCCCCCACGUCGGAGAGCUCCGCCUCCAGCGGCCCCAGCGUCUGCGGGGGCUUCUCGGACACGUAUGCGGCGCUGUGCGACUACAACGGACUGAGCUGCCGGGAGGAGGUGCAGUGGGAUGUGGACACGCUGUACCAUGCGGGGGAGCGACGAUGCUUCGACCUGCGGGACUUCAGCCACUUGGAGAGCCGGGAGCUGGCACUCGCGGUGGCGGCACUGGGCUACAACCGCUGGUUCCGGGGGCUCUGCUGCCGUGACCUACGCCUGAGCAGUGAGGUGCAGGCACAGGUGCUGCAUGCUGUGCGCCGCUCACCCGCGCUGGAGGAACUGAUCCUGGACAAUGUGGGGUUAAACACGGACUUUGCCUCCCGGUUGGCAACGGCGCUGGCAGCGCACCCGGACCCACCGCUGCGAUGCCUGGAGCUGCCCCGCGGACCCCUGGGGGACAAAGGACUGGCAGCGCUGAGUCAGCGCUUCUUGGGGCUGCCGGGGGGACUACGACGGCUACGCUUGCCCCACUGCAGCCUGGGGGCACGAGGAUUGGCAGCGCUGGGCCGAGCGCUGGGCACAAACCCCGCUUUCCGCAGUGCCCUACAACUGCUGGACCUGGGCCACAAUCCUGGGCUGCUGGGCAGCCCCCACGGCGCUGACCUCUUUGCCUUCCUGGCCCAACCCAACGCCCUCCUGCACCUUGACCUGGCUUCCACUGACUGCGCCCUUGAUGUGCUCUUCGGGGCGCUGCUGCACGGCUGUUGUUCACGGCUCAGCUACCUCAACGUGGCCGGGAACAGCUUCUGCCACCGGAAGACCCGCGAGGUCCCGCCCACCCUGCAGCAGUUCUUCUGCAGCACCUUUGCCCUGUCCCACAUCAGCCUGGCAGGCGUGCGGCUGCCCCCUGACGCUCUCAGGUCUCUCCUGCAGGGAUUGGCUGCCAACACCCACCUGAGCGACCUCCACCUGGACCUGAGUGGCUGUGAGCUCCGCUCGCCGGGAGCUCGUGUGUUGGAGGAGCUGCUGGGGGGCAUCAGUGCUGUGGGCAGCCUGGACCUCUCAGACAAUGGCUUUGAUGCCGAUUUGCUGACGCUUGUACCAGCCCUGGGGAGGAACAAGGCCCUGAAGCAUCUCUGGUUGGGCAAGAACUUCAGUGUCAAGGCACGAACACUGGAGGAGAUCCUGCACAAGCUGGUCCAGGUCAUCCAGGAGGACGACUGUUCUCUGUCAGUGGCUGAAUCGAGGCUGAAGGCCCGGACCUGUAUCCUGGUGAACGCGCUGGGCAGCAACGCAUGCUUGGCCAAAGUGGACCUCAGCGGUAACUUCAUGGAGGACAUGGGCGCCAAGAUGCUGGCCAAGGCCCUGCAGAUCAACAGCACCCUGCGGUGGGUGGGUGGUUUCACAGGGGGUUCAGGAGUGGUCCCUCCACCCCGGUGUCACCUGUGGUCCCAUGGCAGGAGCCUCAUCUGGGACAGGAACAACACAACAGCUGUGGGCUUCCAGGACAUCGCCAGGGCCAUGGAGAGCAACCACACAUUGACCUUCAUGGCCCUUCCCCUCUGCGACCUCACAGCCGCCUACCGUAGUGCCCCGGAGCGUACAGACACUGGUUGGCAGCAGACAUCUCGAUUUCCCUCCUCAAGAUCCAGUGGUGCCUCCUACGCAAUGGCCGCGGCCCCAAGGUACCACCAGAGCAGGUGCUGCGGCUGCAGCGGGGCAUUGUCACCAGCACGGCCGAGCAAUUGCCAGGGCGGUUGCCAGGGCUGUUGCCAAGGAGAUGUGCUGCAGAUGCUCUGCCGGCUGAGUGGACGAGUGCAGGCUGCGGCGCGGGGGCUGCGGGGGCACCCAGGAGCCCAGCGUGACCUUGCAGAGGCCCAGGAGCUGCUGCGGGAAGCCAGGAACGCCCGCGCGUUGUUCCCCAGCCUGGCAGCACUGGGACCGGCAGGGGCUGGGGCGGGGCCACUGCAGCUCCUCCUGCAGGGCGUCGCUGGGGAUGUGGCCAAAGCCGUGGACAAGGAGCUGGAGGUGCUGCUGGAGGCGCUGCUGGGUCGGGCCGCCGAGCUCUGCCCCCGGGCCACGGCGGCUGGGGUGUGGCCUGGGGGGGCGUGGCUCGGGGGGGCACCUCGGCCACGCCCCCCACUGCCCCCUGGCCUGGCCCCGGGGGCAUUGCUGGAGCGGGCAGGGGAGGAGAUCCGGGAGCAGCUGGGGGAGGUGCAGCUGGCGCUGGUGACAUCCCUGACCCAGGCGGUGGUGGCUGAGCUGCUGCGGGAGCUACGCCGUGUCCACCAAGCACUGGCCCAGCACCUGCAGGAUCCGAGGAGUCCCCAGGGGCAGGAGCCCUCCAACAGCACCGAUGAGGAGCUGGGCAUUGAUGUUAUGCAACCAAAGGGCUUUUGGGUUCUUCCCUUGGAGGACGCACCGACGCUGCAGCGGCACAGGCGCUGCUGCCGCCGCACCCGGCCCCCUUCUGCCUUCAUGGGCCAAUCCGAGGGCCUGGAGUCGCCAUCGCCCCCGAGGAGCUCUGAGGGGGAUGCCAAGCCCCACCCACUGCACUUCAGGGCCCCCGAGGCGCAGGCGGUGGGGGGCUCCCCCCAGGAGGAGGGGUUUGGCCGGCUGCCCCCCACGGUGCCUCCCUAUCCCCAGGAGCAUGGCUGCAGCCCAGGCUUGGAGGAAUCAGCCACUCCAGAAGCUGGCAGUCCUGGGGUGGAGUGGGCGGGGCUUCCUUCCCCACAGACCCCGCCCCCUCAGGCCCCGCCCAGGCUGGGGGCGUGGCCCCUACAGAGCUGCAGCAACGAGGGAGGGGGCGGGGCCAUCCCAGAGGCCCCGCCCACUGCCCCGACAGGUGAGGGCUUUCCGAGACGCUGGAAUAGCGGAAGGGGGUGGUGGGGAUCCCGAGUUGUACUGGGAUGCUGGAGGGGUUCGGGCGUGUUCCUGAAGCGCUGUGGGAUGCUGGAGGCCUCUCUCGCAGGGACCUCAGACAGGAGCCGCCAGCUGCCCCCCCCGAAGCCUCAGCGGAGGCAGCGAGCCCAUUCCUGUGACAAGGCGGACGCUGGGCCCGGGCCGGGAGGAGGCGGUGAGGCUGCUGAGGUGCUCUGAGGGGACACCUGCUCUCCUCACUGCUUGAACGGCCACUUCUCCCCACAGGCACCUGAGGGGUGGGCAGGACCCUACAACGGCCACUCACAGACGGGAAUAAACGUUUAUUGAAAAGGAA